AUGUGUAAAGACCAUGGUAAAUCAACCUUGGCGGACAGGUUGCUCGAGCUGACAGGGACUAUCGACAAGAAGCAGAAAGGCUCGAAUCAACAAGUUUUGGAUAAAUUGAAGGUUGAGCGGGAGCGUGGUAUCACAGUGAAGGCUCAGACUGCGAGUAUGAUACACAAGUUUUCUGGGCAUCAAUACCUCCUCAACUUGAUUGACACGCCUGGUCAUGUUGACUUUGCAUGGGAAGUUUCUCGCUCUCUCGCUGCCUGUCAAGGCGCACUGCUCCUCGUUGACGCAACGCAGGGCAUCGAAGCCCAGUCCAUAUCGGUAUUCCACAUAGCUCAGGAACGUGGUCUCAAGAUCAUUCCAGUCCUCAAUAAAAUUGACUUGCCUGCUGCCCAGCCAGAGAUUAUAACCGCUCAAAUGCAGUCUACCUUCGGCAUAGAUCCGGUGGAUUGUAUAGCAAUCUCUGCCAAGACUGGUGAAGGUGUGGAGAAUGUGCUACAAGCUAUCAUUGACAGGAUACCCCCACCCUCGGGAGACGCUUCCGCCCCCUUGAAAGCAUUACUAUUUGAUUCUUCGUAUGACCGAUAUCGUGGUGUGAUUUCUCUCGUCAAUAUACAAGGGGGCGACAAGAUUGCGUCAUGCCAUACUCGUAAAAAAUACGAGGUAGUCGAUUUGGGAAUCAUGCACCCGGAGGAAUCGCCCACCGCGAGUCUUCAGCCGGGACAAGUAGGUUUUAUCGCUUGCAACAUGAAAGAGUCGUCUGAAGCGCACGUUGGCGACACUCUACAUAGAGUCGGAGAAACUGUCGAGCCAAUGCCCGGAUUCAAACUGGCGAAGGCCAUGGUCUAUGCAGGCAUAUACCCCAUUGAUAGCAACGACUUCCCUAAAUUAGAGGAGUCUAUCAAGCGGCUCACUCUCACGGAUCGCAGUGUCGAGGUCACCCGAGAAUCGUCUACCGCUCUCGGACAAGGGUGUCGCCUAGGUUUCUUGGGCACGUUGCACAUGGACGUCUUCCGGCAGCGGCUGGAAGACGAGUAUGAUGCGAAUAUCAUAAUUACGGCACCAACCGUCCCUUACAAAAUCGUUUACAAGGACAAGACUGUGAUUGUGAGCAACCCGACAGACUUCCCUGACAUGGCAGACUCUUCAGUCAGAGCAAAGGAAGUCCAAGAGCCUAUCGUCAACGCGUCUAUGAUUGCCCCCCAGUCUUAUCUUUCUGAUAUGCUGGAACUAUGCUACUCCCACAGAGCGGAGAAUCUGGACUGGAAGUACCUGGAUACGUCUGGUACCCCUGAUUCUCGGAUCAUGUUGACAUGCACGAUGCCACUCACGGAGAUUGUCACGGACUUUUUUGACAAGCUCAAAAGCCGUAGCUCCGGCUUCGCCAGCUUUGACUAUGAAGACGCCGGAUAUCAGCCGAGCAAUAUGGUCAAGAUGAUGUUCCUUCUCAACAAUAAGCCGGUUGAUGCCUUGGCCUUGAUCGUCCAUCGUUCUGCCGAGCAAGACGUCGGCAGAGCAUGGGUGAAGAAGCUUCAUAAGGUUAUUCCGAGACAACUAUUUGAAGUGCCCAUACAAGCGGCUGUCGGACGACGAAUUGUAGCACGCGAGACAUUGUCCGCGCUUAGGGCAGACGUUACGGCCGGACUAUACGGCGGUCAUUACGAACGCAAGCUCAAGCACCUGAAGAACCAAAAAGAGAGCAAAAAGAAGAUGAAGAGGGUGGGGAGUGUUGAGCUACCCCAGGAGGCCUUCUUCGAUAUUCUAGGAACGAAGUCGUCGUAA